AUGUCCAAGAAGAUCAUCACCGUGUUCGGCGCCACGGGCGCUCAGGGCGGCAGCGUCGUCAACAUCUUCCUCAACGAUGCCAAGCUCAGCAAGGAUUGGCAGGUCCGCGGCGUCACCCGCGAUGCCACCAAGGACUCGUCCAAGGCUCUCGCGGCCAAGGGCGUCGAGGUUGUCGCUGCCGACCUCGGUGACAAGGCUUCGCUGGCUGCCGCUGUCAAGGGCGCUUCGGCCGUCUUCGCCGUGACCAACUACUGGGACAAGAUGGACAAGGAGCUGGAGAUCCAGCAGGGCAAGAACAUUGCCGACGCGGCUCUGGAGGCUGGCGUCGAGCAUUUCAUCUUCAGCUCCCUCCUCGACGUCAACAAGCUAUCCAAGGGCGCCCUCCCCGACGUGUACCACUUUGACAGCAAGGCCGCCGUCGAAGAGUACAUCCGUACGACCUCCCUCCCCGCAACCUUCUUCCUCCCGGGCUUCUACAUGGCCAACCUCCCCGGGGGCAUGUUCCGCCAGACGCCCCCCGAUAACGCCUGGGGCCUCAGCCUCCCCGUGCCGGCCAGCGCGCCCAUCCCCUUGUUUGACGCAGCGACCGACACGGGCAAGUUUGUAAAGGGCAUCGUGCUGCACCGCGAAAAGGUGCUCGGCAAGCGGGUAUACGCGGCGACGAGCUACGUGACGGCGGGCGAGGCGGUCGAGACGUUCAAGAAGGUGUACCCGGAGGCGGGCAAGACGGCGCGGUUCAACGAGCUCACACACGAGCAGUUCAAGGGCGCGCUCAAGGGCCAGGGGAUGCCGGAUUUCGUGGCUGAGGAGAUGUUGCAGAACAUGAGGCUGCUCGACGAGUUUGGGUACUAUGGUGGGGAGAAGCUGGACGAGUCGCACGCGAUUGUUGAGGAUAAGUUGACGACGUGGGAGGAGCAUGUGAAGAAUGCCAAGGCCUUUUCUGGACUGUCGGUGCAAGAUGCCUCGGCAGAAGGACGUGACUGCGGCGCGGGCCAAAGUCUCCAGUUUCCUCUCCUCACCUCAUCCACCUCACUUCACUGCCAAUCGCCAAGCACGAGCCUCCGGGGUCACUUGCCCAGCACUGUGACUGAGUCCCCGUCCGCCGCGGCCCCCCAUUAUUACUCAGGUGCAUUGCGCUGCGAGCCCAACUCGUUCCGCCAUCCCAGCGACCCUCCAGCUUUCUUUUACCCGUGGCCCAUCCCCGACCCUAUCUUUCCCUCUCCUCUCUCCAACACGUCGCAAAACGUCGUUCGAAUCCUCAUUUUCACUGCAUCUCCCAUUGAGGUUGAUUUAUCCAAGGAAAACUUCUUCCUCGCGGGAAAAGUAAUUAUGGCUUCCCCUCCAAAGCCCUGGGAACGGGCCGGUGCUCCAACAACAGCUGCCUCAAUCACACCCAUGUCUGCCGCAUCUAUCGCGACCCCGACACCGGCCACAUCCCUCUCCGGUGGUACCCCGCCCGCCGUUCCCGAACGACCUGCCUCUCUCGCCUCCACGGUUGACCAAAACGCUGCCGCUUAUAGCAGAGCAGGCUUAGGUGCGGCCGCCAGUCCCUACGGCUCAUACGGCGGCGGUGCCUACUCUUCUCCCUACAGCAGCCCAUACUCAAGGAUGGGUUCCUACGGCGGCUACGGCGGUGGUAUGUACGGUGGUGGCAUGUAUGGCGGUGGCUACGGCGGUGGUAUGUAUGGAGGAGGCAUGUACGGCGGCGGUAUGGGCAUGGGCGGUAUGGGAGGCAUGGGAGGGCCCAACGACCCGAACAGCCUUACCAACAGAUUCAACAACAGCACGCAGGCGACAUUCCAAAUGUUGGAAGGCAUCGUUGGUGCCUUUGGAGGCUUUGCCCAGAUGUUGGAGAGCACAUACAUGGCCACACACUCAAGCUUCUUUGCAAUGGUGUCAGUAGCAGAGCAAUUCAGCAACCUUAGGGAUACCUUGGGCUCGAUACUCGGUAUCUUCACCUUGAUGCGUUGGAUCCGAACCCUCAUCGCCAAGAUCACCGGCCGCCCGCCUCCAGCCGACGCGACCGCGCUCACGCCAGCAGCCUUUGCCAAAUUCGAAGGCCGAUCGCCCAUCGGCCCCGACGGUGCUCCCCUGGGACCCCCCAAGGCUUCCCGCAAGCCGCUCUUCUUCUUCCUCCUUGCCGCCUUCGGUCUCCCGUACCUGAUGCGCAAAAUGAUCAACACCAUGGCUGCAUCUGCGGAAGAAGAGGAACGUCGCCGUAUGGCUCUGGCCGGCGCGCAGCAGCCCUUGGACCCGUCCAAGCUUGAUUACUGCCGUCUCCUGUACGACUACGCUCCUCAGCCUGGCAACGCCGUCAAGGACGUUGACAUGGAAGUGCGCAAGGGCGACCUUGUCGCUGUUCUCUCCAAGAGCGAUCCUAUCGGUAACCCUAGCGAGUGGUGGAGGUGCCGCGCGCGUGAUGGCCGUACCGGCUACCUCCCCUCGACCUACCUCGAGGUGAUUAAGCGACCUGGUCAGCCUCUCGCUGCCAUCAAGGGUGCGCCCAGCGACAGCAGUCGAAGCAACUCGCUCACUGGCGCCGCUCCCGAAAAGGGACCGGAGAUCAAGACGAAGAUCGGAGACGUUUCGCCCGAGAGCUUCCAGAAGAGCGUGUUCUACAACUAA